AUGGGUCUUAUUCUAAGUUGUUUGAUUACCCUCACCCUUUGCGUCUGGACAGCUAUCCAUCUAAACAUCAACGUCGACCCUUCCCCCGGCAAGAAACUACGUCGGAAAGCACUUUGGCUGUUUAUCGGGCUUUUUGCCCCUGAACUAGUCCUUUGGGCAGCUUUUGAACAAUGGCGAAAUGCGCGCGCGAUUUUACGGUUUCUGAAGAAUGAAAGCAUGGCCGCUACAGAUGAGGAGAAUGGCCAGUGCCUCGAGUUCAAGAAAGAUUCUGUUGAGGAAGACUUUGGCCUCGAAAGUGCAUUUUUCGCGGUGAUGGGAGGAUAUACGUUGGGUCCUUGGAAAACCUCUCGCGGCGGUCUUCUCACUCUAACGCCUAAAGGAUUGAUAUAUCUUCUCUCCGAAGGAAUGAUAAUCCCAUCUGACCUGGCGAAACUCAAAGGGGACAUCUUGGACAAAGGAAAAGCUGAUUUCCUGUCGAAAUUCGUGGUUUGCGCUCAGGCUCUGUGGAUGGUGGUCCAGUGUAUCUUCCGGAAGUGUGUUGGGCUGCCCACCACUUUCAUCGAGCUGAACGUUGUAAUACACGUUAUCUGCACAGUUGCCAUGUACGGAUUCUGGUGGGAGAAACCUCUUGACGUUGGUCAGCCAUUAACCCUUCGUGCGGUUGACCGAGGGUUUUGUGCUCUCGCGUAUGCCAGUUCCCAUCAAUACCUAAAGAUACGCCUCUCCGAAAGGUCCCCCGGCCCGGAGCUUGUUCCCAUGGCCGCUCACGAGCAGUCAGAUGGUCUCCCCUCGUCAUCACGCGUGGUUGGUCCCCCCUGCUCAAAGAUCCCGAAUAAUAAUACGGAUUUGUCAGUCACUGGUUCGCCCUACUCGUUGGAGAAAGACAUCGACACAGUCCUCAACAAAAUAAUCAGGAGGGAGAGGAAGGCUGACGGGCAAGUGAUGAUCUUUCGGGGCCAAUACCUCGUACAUAGCGAGAAGGGAUUUCGCUUGACAAUUGAAGGAAGAGAGAUGUUCCAUGUGAAUAAUACAGAGUUGGAGAUCUUUGCUGCGGCUGCUGAUGCACUACGUACACCAAAUUUUCAACACCUCGGCGUCCGCGAUUUUUCCUCUCAUAGUUAUCCUCUUGGCAUCAAGAUUGGUGAGGGUACGCUGUUCGUUGAGGAAAGUAACAAUCUAGAAGUCAGAGGCAGCGUAGCUCAGGCCAAGUCCGGCCUGGCCCACCCGAUCAUGAUAUUGGGCUAUCUUAGUUCGUCCCACGGCGCCUCCCACGCCAGUGUCUGGAACGGUUCCUUCCCCUCGCAAGCCGAGUUGUGGCUUUGGCGUCUUUCAUGCAUAUUUGUUGGAGUUGUUGCCCCGAUCUGCGCAAUCCAGCAAAGUCUUUUGGAAUAUUACAAGACUCACAACUCACGACUGAACGUUGGUGGGAAAUGGCUUGUUCGGUUUAACAAAUGGACGGACGAUAUAGACCAGCAUUGGCUGGGAAGUUUGUUUUUGCUCUUCUUCUACAGCUUCAACCUUUUAUUUAUAGCAGGAUUGAGCAUUGGGUAUGUCAUGGCAAGGUUAUACUUCGUUAUCGAAUCCUUCGUCAGUGUGCGAUGCCUUCCUUUGGGGGCAUACGAGACACAUAGGUGGGAGAAACUUUGGCCCCAUCUUUGA